AUGGCAGCAAGCACCUUCAAAGUCAUUGUUGUCGGCGGCGGCCCGGUCGGACUGGUCGCCGCCCAUGCUCUCACCAAAGCAGGCAUCGACUUCACCCUCCUGGAGCGACGACCGCACGUUGUGAUUGACGCCGGCUCGAACUUGGUCCUGACACCCGUCGGCAUUCCUGCACUGGGUCAGCUGAAUCUUCGCGCGCCUCUCGACGCUGUCAGCUCGCCACUGGGCCGCAUCGACCGCAUGGAUCACGAGGGAAACGAUCUCGGCGACGUGCAGCUGUUCAGCAUGAUGAAAGAGCUCAUCGGCAUUGCGCCAAGGGUUAUCAGCAGACAUGACUUGACCAGAGUGCUUUACGACACACUUCCAUCUGAGGCUCAAAAGAAGAUCUUUGGGAAUAAGAAGCUUUCGGACAUCACCUCCACACCAACCGGAGUGAUAGCUACUUGCGCAGAUGGCACCUCGUACGAGGGAUCCCUGGUCGUCGGUACCGAUGGUGCACACAGCCUUGUGCGCGACAUCAUGAGGAAGCUGGCUCUUCAGAAUGGCCCAUCCGAGCAGGUCAAUGCCGAACAUCCUUUCCUGACAACAUACCGAUGCCUGUGGCUACGCUUCCAAAGACCAGCAAAUGUCCCAGAAGGUGUCACUUGCGAGACGCACGGCCCCGGCCUUGCAACACAGCUUUUCACUGGUGAGGACUCGGCAGUGGCUGCAAUCUACGAGACGAUGGAAAAGCCAACGACAGAGCGCCCACGUUACACCCGAGCAGACCAAGACGCACUCAUUGAGCGCUGGGGCCACAUCCCCAUCAUUGCUGGUGAGGGCAAGCUCACCCUUCGCGAGGCAUACAACUCACGACAAGAGUCCGGCCUCGUCAGCUUGGAAGAAGGUGUCGCCGAGCACUGGAGCUGGAAUGGUCGCGUUGUCUUGGCGGGUGACUCAGCCCACAAAUUCACUCCAUCGACGGGUGCAGGCUGCAACCAUGGUAUUCUCGACAUCGCUGCCCUCGUACAGCAACUGAACGCCAUCUGCUCAAAGGCUCCGAACGCAUCGCCAUCAAGGGAAGCGAUUGACUCCGCCCUUCAGGCCUACCAAGAAAAACGCCGCAACACCAUCGUCGCCGAGUGCGAUAGGUCAAGCAAGGCCACCGCAGCAGCGACAUGGCAGAACGGCGUCUUCAAGUUCGUGGACAAGUACGUUAUGCCUCGAAAUGCGGUCACCAGGUUCUUCAUCGGUCAGGCGGCGAAAGGGGCUGCACGCAAUCCAUCCCCGAACUUCAACUUUGGCUCCAGCGAGGUGCAACUUGGUAAGAAGGAGGCUUGGACGGCAUCUCCUGUGAUGGUGCGAGCUCACUAG